UUUAUUUGACAACUACGAUACGAAGACGAAACUGAUUAGUGAUUAACCUAUUUAGCUACUACUAGCACAAUAAAAAAUAAUUUUAAUAAAUAAUAUAAAAUGAGCAUGCAAGUGGAUCCACGUCGUAAAGAAAAGGUCAACCGCUAUAAGGCCCCACAAAACCAGGGUCAAGCGGGAAGUUCCAGCGAAGAUCUUAUGCCUGAUUAUAUGAAUAUUUUGGGCAUGAUAUUCUCAAUGUGUGGAUUAAUGAUGAAGCUAAAAUGGUGUGCCUGGUUCGCUUUGUAUUGUUCUUGUAUUAGCUUCGCUAGUUCAAGGGUCAGUGAUGAUGCAAAACAGGUGCUCUCGUCGUUUAUGUUAUCAGUUAGCGCAGUAGUAAUGUCAUAUUUACAAAAUCCUGCCCCCAUGACGCCACCAUGGGCACCAGCGCCAUAGCGAAUUAAAGCGGAAUUGCAUUCCUCAUAUAUCUAGAAGAAAAUUUGUAAGAAAACAUAAAACCGUUUGAUGCUGCGGAAAAUAACGAUUUUUAGUUAAAUAAAGCAUAAAUACAUUUGGGUAUUACAUAUUCGCAAUCCAGA